AUGGCGGGUUGUUCCUGGGAGUAUGCCGGUGUGCACUUGUCCAUUGACAAUUACGUCAUUCCAAUUGAAAAACUCUCACCUACUCCGUCAAAUGUAGAUGGUCUUGAUGCGGAAACAGAAUUUGAAUUGCGCUACCUCGGCUGUGAACUUAUUCAAGAUGCCGGAAUUCUUCUUAAACUACCCCAGGUGGCCAUGGCAACUGCCCAAGUCCUCUAUCAGCGAUAUUUUUAUUCGAAGUCCUUUGUUCGAUACGUGUAUGAGGCAAGCCUUUCUUUUAAUAAGAGGGAAUUUUUAGCAUUACUCGAUGGCGCGUAUGCCAAUUUAAAGAACCAUAUCAUUAAGGCUGAGCGUCGUGUUUUAAAGGAAUUGGGAUUUUGUGUGCAUGGGAAGCACCCUCAUAAACUCAUAAUUAUGUACCUGAAAUCCCUAUCGUUCCAGGAGAACAAGAAAUUCGUCCAAACGUCUUGGAAUUGUAUGAACGAUGUCCUCCGCACGGAUGUCUUCGUUCGUCACACACCAGAGGCAGUGGCUUGUGCGUGUAUUUUUCUUGCUGCAAGACGGCUCGAAAUUCCACUUCCUCGGCAUCCUCCAUGGUGGGAAAUGUUUAAUGUUGACGAAGAAUCUGUUCAUGAAAUCGCUUUGUGCCUUCAGCGUUUAUAUGCUAGGGAAAAACCUAACGUUAGCGUACUAGAGUCGCGUUUAGCUGAACUGCGCAAAAAACAGGCCGAAGAAAAAGAGGCUGCAGCAGCCGCUGCUGCUAGAGAUGCUGCCGCUGCGGCAGUUGUCAUUGGUAAAAAUGUCACGCUGUUAAGUUCAAGCAAUUCUUCCCUUGUAACAAAUGAGGAACAUGCUCUUCCAGACGGUGUUAAAAUGCGGGGUCAACUCUCAGAGGUAUCGUGCGCAAAAGUGAUUCGCAAAAUUGAAUCUGCACAGGAACCUACCAAGCCCAUGUCUGCUGAGGAAAACGGCGUUUGUUUCGCUGUUGCCAAAGACUCGAAGGGUUCUGUAUAUCGAACCUUGGAAAAACGCCGGCCGAAUGCCUAUAGUGAAAUCGAGUCCAAGUCAAGCAAGACCCACAAAGCUCAUAAUCGUUCUCGUAGUCCUAUUUCUCGUUCUACGAACUCAAAAUCACGAAAACAUAGAUACUCUUCUGCAAGUGCUUCUUAUAGUAGUGGUAGUGAUGAAUCAGUUUCUCCAGUACCAGCCACGUUCCUGCGUAAGGGUCCCUUGUCCCACUCUCGCCGUCGCGACCGACACAAAAAGCGUUCGCGGAGUCCCUACAAUGACGGUAAGUACCGACGACGUCACAGAUCACGUUCCGUCUCCAGCUACUCGUCUACAUCGAGUCGUUCCGAUCGAUCUCCCUCAAAGCCUUCUUCCCGCAUAAAGACAUCUCCUCACAGAAACCCCCGGGCUGACCCCGAUAAAAGGUCCUCAAAGUCGACUUCGUCUAAGUAUCUCAACGGCCAGUCUUCGAGUAAGCGUGUUACCGAUCCCAGUAGCAGCUGCAAUUCAAAAAAUCGCGGCCGAUAG